GUGCCAACCGUGCAUCGCUCAGCUCGCUAAAGCGCUCGCUCACCGCAGACACUGCGCGCCCCUACGCGCCAGGGCCGCGCUCGCGGCCUCUGGUCACCCAGGUGCCACUGCUUAA